CUAUUCCUUUAUAUAACCCGAUUCGAUUUGAUGCAAAGUGCACACUGCUCACCUCGAGCUAUCUUUGUACCUCUGUGUUGUCUUUUUUGUUAGCUUGUUUCGAAUGGAAAACGAGGGAAUUGAGGGAGGAGUUACGACGACGACGUACGAGUACAGGGACUUGUUACCGGUGAUGGCCGAGAAGCUGGACGUAGAAGCUUUUGUGUUUGAAUUAUGUGGAGGGUUUCAUCUUCUAGCUGAUCAGAACACAGGGUCGAUAACGCCCGAGAGUCUAAGGAUGAACGCUGCACUUUUAGGUAUGGAAGGGAUGAGCAAUGAUGAAGCACAAGAUAUGGUCAGAGAAGGUGAUCUUGAUGGAGAUGGGGCACUCAACCAGACCGAGUUUUCCAUCCUGAUGGUGAGGCUUAGCCCCGGAAUGAUUAGCGAUGCUGAGUCGUGGCUCGAGGAAGCUAUCAUUCAAGAGCUAAAGAGAUCACCAGCUUGAUCCUUUUCAUCUUCUUUUGUUUUUUCGAAGGUAUGCUUGUAUGAAAUUGGAGCACUAAGAUGUUAUAUUCGUCUUGUUGUA